AAUGUCAGAAAUAAUCCCUCAUGUAUAUUUGUCAUCGGUUGUCUAUGCCAAAGAUCAGAAUUGGCUCAACAAAAACCAAAUCUCCAACAUUCUAAUAGUUGGGGAUUUACCUGAGUACUUCCCUUCCAAAUUCACCUACAAAUGCAUUUCGAUCGAGGACAAACCAGAAACCAACAUAAGCCAAUAUUUCGAAGAGUGCAUCGACUACAUAGACUCAAUAAUUGCUCAAGAUAAAAACAUUUUAGUUCAUUGUUACGGAGGUUAGAGUAGAUCAGUGACAAUUAUAACAGCCUACAUCAUCAGAAAACUAAGGCUCAAUUCGUAAAGAGCUUUGAAUUACGUAAAAUAAAAACAUGCCAGAGCAGAACCGAAUUAAGGGUUCUAGGAUCAAUUGAAGACAUUUUAAUGAUAUAUAUCAAUAUAUUAUACUCUUC